AUGUCUUGUAAGAUUCGAACGAAAUAUGGCAGUUUUGAAAAGUCUAAAGUUACUUUCAAGAUAACCCUGACUUCGGAUCCUAAACUUCCUUUCAAAGUCCUAAGCGUGCCCGAAGCGACGCCUUUCACAGCGGUGCUAAAGUUCGCAGCGGAGGAGUUCCGCGUGGAGCCCGCUACCAGCGCUAUCAUCACUGAUGACGGUAUCGGCAUCAACCCUCAGCAGACUGCCGGAAAUGUGUUUUUAAAACACGGUUCGGAGUUGAGGCUAAUCCCGAGGGACCGAGUGGGAUGCACUUCUGCA